AUAACAAGCGUUGUUCAAACCUGUAUUCUGUAUUCCCCUCCGCUGUUUUGAAGCCCCAAAAACAACAAAAUAAUAGUCCUACAUAUGCUCCUUCACUCGAAUGAAUAUCAGAGGACUGCAAGUAGUGACAGACAGUGCAUUUCCUGCUGUUUGCUCCAUGACCAACGUUUGGAAGUGAGAGUGAAACAGAUCUCCCUGUCUCAAUCUCAAUGGACCCAAAGCAACGAUUGACUCACUCGCUAUCCAGCGCCACCUGUCUCUUCUAAGCCAGUAAUGCAGCACCUCCUCUCCUUCCGAUUCUCCAAUGUUCACAGCUUGGCCGGAGCUCGUCGUCUUCCCGGCUACAAUUCCACCGGAUUUUAAACACUCCUACCCGGUCUAAAUCAGGACGAGACCACGCUAAAGGGGGAAUCAACAUGUCCAGUGAAAGACAAGGGCAGUCAGAUGAUGAGAGUCCAAGCACCAGCAGUGGUAGUUCUGAUGCGGACCAGAGAGACCCGGCAGUGCCGGAGCCCGAGAGAAAACAGCAGCCCGCCACACCCCCUCAGCAACAGAAGAAACCUACCAAAUUAUCCAGCAAGACUACCGCCAAGUUGUCCACUAGUGCUAAAAGAAUCCAGAAGGAGCUUGCUGAGAUCACUCUGGAUCCACCACCUAACUGCAGUGCGGGACCCAAGGGAGACAACAUCUAUGAAUGGAGAUCCACCAUCCUGGGACCACCAGGCUCGGUGUACGAGGGAGGGGUCUUCUUCUUAGAUAUCACCUUCUCAUCCGACUACCCCUUCAAGCCACCAAAGGUGACGUUCCGCACCAGGAUCUACCACUGUAACAUCAACAGCCAGGGGGUGAUCUGCCUGGAUAUCCUGAAAGACAACUGGAGCCCCGCCCUCACCAUCUCCAAGGUGCUGCUGUCCAUCUGCUCCCUGCUCACAGAUUGCAACCCUGCGGACCCUCUGGUUGGUAGCAUUGCCACUCAGUACCUGACCAACAGAGCCGAGCAUGACAGGAUAGCCCGACAGUGGACCAAGAGAUACGCCACAUAAGAGGUCACGACUCCCGACCCCGUCCUGUCUGACCCCCCGUCCCCCCAGCCCCUCUGCCUGCAGUGUGAAGGUCCCGGAGGCGAUGUCACAUUGUGCAACAAAUCUUUAUAGCCUUUACAAUAUGGACUUCUGUGUAUCUGUCUGAUUACUGAUUCUACUCCUCCACAUUUUACCCUGCUAUGAGGACUGGGUCUGAAGAGAGACCGAGAGAUAAGCAGACCCCAACAGGCAUUGUCUCACGUCAGAUAGCGCAGCUGCGUCUCCGUCUGCACUACUGAUAGUUCAUGGCAACACAGGGCGUUAGAAUGACGCCAUCUGUCGGAAGACAAUGCCCAACAACAGGUAAAUGUAUAUUGGAGUAGAAUUUUGUAGCUGUAGAUUUUAGCUAUGUUUAAAUGCCUCUACUUGCAAGUCUUGCUUCUUUGGGAUAUUAAAAAAUAAAAUGUAUUUUGUGAUGUAAUAAAGGAAACUAUUCCUCAACCAAAUAUUAUGGUGCAUUUUAGCCUUCUCCAUUAUCUGUAUGAAGUUAUAGAAGAAAAAACAACUAGCUGUUGUAGGUUAUUAGAGAAGAUGUCAUUUAUAUGAACGCCAGACACCCAUUUCCACUUAUGUAGUUACAUUAUACUGUUGUGACUGUUUUACCUUUGUCAAUUUGUAAUGAAAACAAGAUUUCAUUUCAACCUUUUUGUAGUGCAGCAAAAGAUGAGCCACCACUGUAACAUCCCCAAAACACAAUAAACUUGUCCCAAGGG